AUGGCCGACGAGGAUGCCAAGCCAGUCGAGGCCACAGCCCGCCAGGACGAGGAGGAGCAAGUCCCCCACGACGGCGAAUCUGCGUCAGAAGAUGACGGAAACCCCCCCCGCGCCGCCGCCGAUGCACCACCGGCCGCGUCCUCGACUCCCGGCAGCAGGAGCAAGUCGAGGCGCAAAAAGAUCAAGCAGCUCCUGACGGCCAAGCCCGGCGCGCAGGGCCACGACGCCAUGGUCAAGAGCGCCAUCGACGGCCUCGUGCCGGAGCAGAUGAAGGAGCUCGCGGCCCUGAACCCCAGCCUGAUGCAGGAGCUGGCCUCGGCCGCGGGGACGGCGGACCCGUCGCCCGAGCAGGUCGCGGCCAUGCUCAAGCCCAUGAACCUCUCGGACGUCAUGACCGGCCUGGCGGCCAGCGGCAAGAACGUCAAGGACAUGGGCGCCUACAAGUUCUGGCAGACGCAGCCGGUGCCCAGGUUCGGCGAGGACGACGCGCAACGGGCGCACGAGGGCCCGCUCAAGGUGCAGGCCGCCGAGGACGUCGACAAGGAGCCGGCGGCGCUGGUGGCCGGCUUCGAGUGGGUGACGGUCGACCUGACCGACGACGGGGAGAUGAAGGAGGUGUACGAGCUGCUCAACGGGCACUAUGUCGAAGACGACGAGGCCAUGUUUCGCUUCAACUACAUCCCGGAAGUGCUUCGAUGGGCCAUGAUGGCGCCCGGCUGGCAGCGCAAAUACCACAUCGGGGUGCGGGCGUCCCAGUCGCGCAAGCUCGUCGCCUUCAUAUCCGCCAUCCCCGUCAGGAUCCGCGUGCGCGACAAGGUCUUCUCCACCUCCGAGGUCAACUUCCUCUGCGUGCACAAGAAGCUGCGCGGGAAGCGCCUCGCCCCCGUGCUCAUCAAGGAGGUCACGCGCGUCAGCAACCUGGACGGCGUGUGGCAGGGCCUCUUCACCGCCGGCAUCGUGCUCCCGCGGCCGGUGAGCACGUGCCGCUACUACCACCGCUCGCUGAACUGGCCCAAGCUGCACGAGUGCGGCUUCAGCCCCCUGCCGGCGGGCAGCAAGCCCCAGUACCAGAUCCGCAAGUACGCGCUGCCGGAGAAGACGGCCACCCGGGGCCUGCGCCCCAUGGAGGAGAGGGACGUGGACGCCGUGGUGGCCUUGCUGGCGAGGUACCUGGCGCGCUUCGACUUGGCGCCCGAGUUCACGGCCGACGAGGCCAAGCACUGGUUCAUGCCCAGCAGGGACGCGAAGCAGCAAGUCAUCUGGUCCUACGUCGUCGAGAGCAACGGCAAAAUCACCGACUUCUUCUCCUUCUUCUGCGUCGAGUCGUCCAUCAUCAAGACCGACGACGUCCUCCGCGUCGCGUACCUCUUUUACUACGCCACCGAGACGGGGCUCGGCACGCCGCCGCCCGACAGGCCGGCGCUCAAGGCCCGGCUCAACGGCCUCGUCAACGACGCGCUCAUCCUGGCCAAGCGGGCCAAGCUGGACGUCUUCAACGCCCUGUCCCUGAUGGACAACGCCCUGUUCCUGGAGCAGCAGAAGUUUGGGGGCGGCGACGGCCAGCUGCACUACUACCUGUUCAACUACCGGGCGAACCCCAUUGCGGGGGGGGUGAAUGCCAGGAACCAGCUCGACGAGGAGCACCUGAGCGGGGUGGGGUUGGUGAUGCCGUGA